UUCACAAAGUAGGCUGCAAUUUUGCACAAGAAGAAUGAUCAACACGUGAGUGGCGUAUAAAAAUUGGCAUAACAGAGUAGUGCCAGUCAAAGGAAAUUAGUAGAGCUAUUAUACCAAGCAGGCGAUGCUUCUUAACACGUAUCAUUAUUUUGUUGGGAGCAAAACUUCAUUACGUAUCUGAACGCGAAACAGUCUCAUCGAGUUGAGCGAAAAUUUGUGUGCGAACUUUGUAACAAAGCAUUCAAGUCAGAAUACCAUCUCCUAAUGCAUCAAAAUAGCCACACCGAGGAACGACCGCAUCAAUGUAGCCUAUGUGGCGAAGCCUUCCGCAGCCGUAUCAAACUUGGCCAACAUCAGUUGCUUGUUCAUGAACAAGAUUCAAAGCUAAAAAGUAAAGUUCCUUCAGAGCUUGAAAAGGACAUGCGCGAUCACGGCGGGCGACCGUUUCAGUGCGACAUCUGUGGUGCAUCAUACAAAUCGGCUGGCGGUUUAAACUCUCACAGGAAAAGACACUCAUUCGUCGAGCCAAAACCGUUUAAAUGUGGCAUAUGCGGCAAAUCUUUCGCUACUACAAGUAAUCUCAACGUUCACACAGCCAUACACAUGGGCAAAAAAGAAAAAGAAACGAAUUUCAAGUGUGAAAUCUGCGGAAAAGGCUUUAUCGUUAAUGCGAGCCUAACGAAACACAAAAAACUGCACAUGGAUCCGCCGCACAAAUGCCGAACUUGCGGUGCUGGUUUCCUGUAUCCUUACAAACUCGUACGUCAUAUGCGCAGCCACAGCGAUGAGCGACUGUACAAUUGCGAUAUUUGCGGUGUAUCCUUUAAAACGCCUGAUGGGAUGUCCACGCACAGAAUUACUCAUUUUUACCUCAAACCAAAACCGUUCGAGUGCACAGAGUGUGGACAGCAUUUGCCUUCCAAAGACAGUUUGCGGCAACAUGCUAGAAAACAUAAUAUUGACUUUCAGUGUUCUAAGUGCAAUCAGGGCUUUACAAGCGUUCAGGCACUCAAACGGCACGAAGCGAAACGAUUUUGCGCCAGACAGACAAAAAAGAUCUCCCAAAAAUCUUAAUUCUUAGACAUCGUUGACGUUCUUGUGACACUUCUGGCGUUCUGGCCUGGCAGUGGCUCGCCCUUUGAUCGAAUGGCAAAAGGCUGGUUCUUUAGCUGGUUGCACCAGUAGGGUGAGUAUUGUUAUUACAAUAUUGCCCACACUUUAACCCGCUCGUAAACGUUUUGUUUGACAAUGGACAAUUUCAACUACGAUGUGAAUAAUUAACAAAUACAAUGAUGUUAAUGAUUUAUUAUAGAAUUUGCAAGGUCAGUGUUAGAAAAUGCUCCAAGUUUAUACUAAGUAAAAUUUGACUAAAAUAAAAAGAAAUU